ACCAAUAUUUUCGCUAUAAAAAAUAUCUUCGUUGCUAAGGAAACGAAUUCAAUUAAUUUUCAUCAUCCACUUGUUUCAUUAUUUGUAAGGAAUUGUUUAUAUUUAUUUCCAUUUUGAACAAGUUCCGUAGAAAGCACAACACUUUCCAUCCAUUUUCCAGGGAAUCCGUCCUGAUUUUCCUGGAAAAUUUUUUAGUUUCUAGUUUUUCUGGAUUCAAAACCCUCGCCCCUCAAAUUUUGCUUCCAAAACCCGCAAGGUUAUUUCAGUUCCUAGUGGGAUUUCGAUGGGGCUACAGCAAUCCAAAGACGAGCUGCUCUAUCAGCAAGUUAGCUAUGGAAACAUCGAAGGGAUCAAAGCCCUUUGCAGAGAAGGCGCAGGCCUUGAGUGGAUUGACAGAGAGGGGAAAACCCCAUUGAUCUUGGCAUGUAUAAAUCCUGGACUUUAUAAUGUUGCGAAAGCCUUGAUUGAACUUGGCGCAAACGUCAACGCCUAUCGCCCCGGUCGCAAUGCUGGGACUCCUCUACAUCAUGCAGCUAAAAAAGGGCUAGAAGAUAUUGUUAAUUUACUUCUGUCACAUGGAGCAAAUGUGUUAAUCAUGAAUGAUGACUGUCAAACUCCUCUUGACGUUGCUAGGGCAAAAGGGCACACCAAUGUUGUCCGUGCGAUUGAGAGGCAUAUUUGCUUAUUCUCUGGUUGGUUGCGGGAGUUUUAUGGUCCUGGAUUUCUUGAAGUACUUGCUCCUCUAUUGGUUUCAAGAAAAGUUUGGGUUGUUGUUUUGCCAAGUGGUUCCCGCAAACCUACCAAGCCUUUCAAGUUGGAACUUGCCAUAUAUUCUAGUAUGCAGGACGCCCGACCACGGACAGUUGUUGCGUUGUGGAAAGUCAAUUUGGAAGAACCGAAGUUACACCAGUCUGAUCCUUCUGUUGUAAUUCAUGAUAGCUCCACAAUCCCAAGAGGCAGGAGGCGGAGAAGAAGCAUUUACAUCUCCCAAGAGGCUAGGUGUAGGCAUCAAAAAGUUAGGCAAACACGCAUCAAACUUGCAUCUGCAGAUGAAAAUGAUAAGCAACAACUUCAGUGGUUUUGCAAUGCAUGCAAAGGAAUUCCACAGGCACGUCCUGCAUUUUUGGCUAACAACCAGCCCCCAGUUGUUCCAGCAACUGCACCACCACCUGCAGAAGAUUUAGAGUUGGACAUGGCUAUCAAUGCCUCCAUUCAGUCUGCUUUGCAGGAGAGACCGUCCUUUCCUGAUGCACACCUGACCUAUGAAGCAAGUGCAUCCAGUAGUGAUAAUGGUUGGAGCACAUCCUCCAUGAAUACUGGCAUCUAUAAUGGUUGGGAUGCACCAACUGCUGAUCCAAAUGCAAGUAGUAGCAGUGAGUGGCCAGGGAAUGAAAGUAGCCAGAAAACGGAAAUCCAGGAUAUCUCUUCCAUCCAAACAGCUCCUACUCCAGAUAUAAUCCCAUCAGCUCCACCAGUUGCAGAUGAGGAGCCUAUUCACUAUCCAUCAAUUGAUUUCAGUCCUAUUGAUAUGCCAUCCCCAAGUGUUGAAGGUAUACCUGCUAAACUUAAUGAAAAGAAAGGUGGAAGUGAUUCUUCUUCUUGUGUGAUUUGUUUGGAUGCUCCGGUUGAAGGAGCUUGCAUCCCAUGUGGGCAUAUGGCUGGAUGCAUGUCUUGUUUGGGUGAGAUUAAAGCUAAGAAAUGGGGUUGCCCUGUCUGUCGGGCCAAGAUUGACCAGAUCGUAAGGCUGUAUGCUGUAUGAUCCUCGAACCAGCAUAUAAUGAAGCUCUACAUGGUUACUGCAACUUGAACACCAUGAAGCUUUGUAUUCUUUUUUGUGUGUAAAGAAGCUGCUUGUGUUUGUAUUAAUAGAUGAAGUUCUUGUUGGGACCCCCACCUGAGUUUUCUGUACAUAUUAUUACCACAUAUUAGUAAACCUUUCACCAUGCUUUCUUAAGUAUCAGUGAGACA